AUGAGUGAAGAGAAAGACUACCUCACGGGUAGCACCACUGCAGACAGUCACAGUGGUGGAGGCAAGAACCAACAGGGGGACGAAAUUGUGAGCAGCCUGAACAGCAGUUGUGAUAAUAAGACGGAAACUGAACAAGGAGGACUGCUCGAUACGGAGCAAGAAUGUAACGCAGAUGGGGAGGCAAACGUGGAGGAGCAAGCGGAGAAAAUAAGAAAGAAGAAGAAGAAAAAGAAAAAAAAGUGGAGGACGAAAGAGCUGGUCGAAGCGGGAACAAAGGACGGGAUGAAACGGAAAAAAAAAGGGAAAAAUAAAUUUGAAGGGAAAAAGGAAAACGGAACGGAAGCGAAAAUGACCCCACACAAGGAUUCCGAACAGUCGGGCCGUCAAGCAGCAAAAAAGAAGAGCCACAAGGGAGGCAAAGGACAACUGACAAAUGAAGGAGAACCACGGCGAGGUAAAAAUAGCAAAAGGGGUACCGACUACGAGGACACCACUGGGGGAAGCGACCUGUGCAACUCCAGCGUCAGGAGCCAAAACACCACAACGGGAAAAAAUAUUUUUGCCGACGACGAAAUUGACGAGAGUGACGAUGAGUACAAUUUGAAUACCCUUGGGAAUUUCGACCUGAAGCAUUAUGAAGACCUGGACAUUUUAGGCUACGACAUUUGGGGGAACAAAAUUGAGAAGACGGACGAAAAUGCCAUCGACGAUUUCCUCGAGUCAAAGACAGACAAAGACGCAUGGAGGAAAAUAAAGGAUAAAAAAAACAACCGAAUUGUGGAGUUGACCAACCAGGACCUCGAAAUAAUUAGAAGUAUUCGCCAAAAUAAAGUGGCCAAACUUCUGAACGAGGAAAAUUACGUAUACGAAAAUGAAAAGGAGGAAUACAAAUCGGGAAUGAAGGAGCCAGACAAUCGCAAGUACAAACAAUCAGCAGAAGAAAAAAAAAAAAUACAACAAUUAAUAUUGCAUUUAAUGGAUAAGGAAAAAAAUCCGGAGAAAUAUAAAAAGGAAGAUGAUGAAUUUAAGUUAUUGUACGAUUUGUGGAAGCACAAAAUUUACGAUGAUUUUAAAAAUGUAAAUGAAAUGAAUUUGCCACAUAUUUUGCCAGGACAUAAAUACAGUUACAAUCCUCCCCCUGAGUUAAUGUACAAUUCAGCGGAGAGAAGAAAAAUUUUAAAACAAAAUAAUGAUGCUUUUAUUCCUCAAAAUUUUGAAAAAGUGAGAAAUAUCGAAUUUUAUAAAAAAACAUAUUUUGAAUUAUAUCAGAGGUGUUUAGAUAUAUACCUCUGUUCAAGAUCUGUAAAAAAUGUACUUCAUAUUAAAAAGGAAGAUUUACUCCCCAAAUUGCCUUCCACUCAAUCACUGAAGCCAUAUCCUCAUCAUCCAUUUGUGAAGUAUAUUAUGAAUGACACUCUGACUGGGGAUAGAAAUAAAUACCUGAGUCAGAUUGACGUAAGCGAAGAUCGCCAUAUCGUGUAUGUAGUUCAGUGUGGCAAGCUCUACAUAUUCGACAUUCUCACGUCAUACAAUAUUGCCGUGAUAGACUUGGCGCACUACUAUGAGGCGACCCUGCCCAAGGGGAAAGGCGCGGAAAGAAGCGGAGGAAUCACUUUUGAUAAUAUUCGUAUAAAGGCCAAUAAGGCAUACGACAUCGUGGCCGUGUCCUUCGCCAAUAUGAUUCUGCUGUUUCACUAUGAGAACUUCAUUCCGCCAGCCAAGUCAGGCGCGGAAAAUAUCGAGCAAGUAUAUGGUACUGACGCCAAACGGAGGAAGAACUCCUUUGGGGACGGUGAGGAAAACAGCAGAAGUGACGACACGUUGUCAGGAGAAGAGCGUGACAGUGAGGGGGACGCCGAAGAUUUGUCGGACGAUGAAGAUUUCGAGGGUUCCCUGGAUGAUGAUGAGGAUGGUAGCGACCAAGGAGACGACGAUGAGGCGGAUCAUGGGGAGGAAGAAUUAGGCAAAAAUGACGAAGACGCGGAGGAGACGCUUUCCAGAAGGAAGUGCGAACCAUUAAGCAGGACUAUGGCUUAUUAUAAGACGAAAGGUUUACUCAGUGUGUUUCACAAAAAUUUUAAAAAUUCCGAUGAAUACGUGUACUCUCCCGAUGUGGAUGUGAAGUGGAAGCACAUAAAAUCGAAUGACCGGAAGAUAAAGUACUGCGUCGCAAUCCAGCAUGAGGGGAAAAUAAGGGACUUCUCGUGGAACAAAAAUGCCACGAUGAGGCGGAUCAUGGGGAGGAAGAAUUAG